UUUUUUCUGUUUCUUUGUAUUUAUGGGUGGUUCUCAGAAAAAGGAUAAAAAUUGCGAGAUUCCCUACCGACAUUCCUACUGAAUGAUAGCAUGGCGGAAAAUUCAAUUACGUCAUUCUGAUGUCUUUGUUACAUGGGUUGCCCGUUGCCCGGAAACGUCCAAGAAUAAUAUAAGGGACACCUAUGAGCUGUGAAUAUUAUAAAUAACGAUAUCUCGACACGCGAAGACCAGGUCCGUGGGUGAGUGUGAAAAUCGAAGAAAAACUCCAACGGAUUCACACCUCGAAGGAAUUAGACAAGUUUACAACUCUGUGCUUCAAGACUUGCAGUUUGACUGGAAAUAUACAUGAAGGAGCUUAAAAUGGGGUUAUUGCAGGUUAUUUCGGUCGUCCUCUUUCUGUACUUGUUUGGCAACUCCGGAGCUGAGCCCUUCCAGAAACAACUCAUGCGGAGAAUUCAAAGAGAGAGAAGACAUGUGAAGUUGACUACGGCUUCUUCGAAGCGCUGCAAUCAAACGCUGCCCGGUUCUGGCUACACAUCGACUUCGGAUGUUUCUUUAUUAUACAAAAAUGGCUGGUUUUUAGCUGUUUACACUGACGGCAAUAUCAACGGAACUUCAGAUGCUCGGAGCCCGGACAUUAAGCUUCAACUCCAGUCUGUUGGCACUAGUUUGGUUCGGAUAUUCAGCAAACAAACUUGUCUUUAUGUUGCUAUGGCGGCCAACGGAAAGGUGUACACAACGGAAGAACCCACAGACGACACAGUGUUUCAGCAAACCCAGGAAUCAAAUGGCUUUGAAACUUUCGCUUCCAACAAGCAUUAUAUUCCACUCUCAAGACACACACGAAAAUUCCUUUUUCUAUCCAUGAGAAAAAAUGGUCAAAUGAAGAAUGGCACCCAUACGAGACGGAACAACAAGACGUCGCUGCUUUCUGUGAUGCAAGCGAGAGAAACCAGUUAAAGACAGUAGAUACUGACGACAAAUAAAUCUUUAUUUAUUUUGAAUUUCAUGUUUCGCCGCCGGUUUUGUUCUGAAAGCGGGUCUUCAGUAUAGACAUAAAGCCGAGAUAUAUUUUGACAAUUUAAUAUCUAGAUAUUUAUUUUUAAAAUUGUUAGAUUCGUAAAUCUAUUUAAUAGUUUCGCAAAAGCGAAUUUAAGAAUCGAAGGUAACAAUAUUUAUGAAUGUUUUGAAGUGCAAAGAGUUAAAAAUAGUAUUACAACUGACUGUCAAACAGUUUGUGGUUUCACUGAAUAAUUUCAAGAGAACAGCUUUAAGUUGUUAUCUUCAGUUGAGAAUCCUCCAGUCUUAAGAAGACUUUUUGUUGCCUAAUAUUAGGAAAACGGGCAUCUCUUGAUGAACACUCACGCGACAAACGGAAAUAUGCGAAUACGUGUAUGAAAUACGGCUAGAGAUACCUCUCAUAUAAUCGAAAAUAAAUCGAAACUACGGUUUAAGUGUACACAUAGUCUGACGGUCGAAUGAGUUAAUCUUUCAGCCGCCCCGUGAUUGCCAUAAAAUUUGCUGAAACUAUCAUUCGUCAUCUGUUACUACUUCGUCAAUUUUCGGUUAAGGAAAUCAAUAUCAUAGUAUAGACCAGGAAAUUCCCAACCCCUCUCCCCUUGUUCAUUUCUCCUUCCCUACAUAAAAGACCCUCUUAUUUGAUGGUAUUUCAGAAUAUGGAAGCGAUAUUUUUUAUUCCGAGGGAAUAGAUAACGAAAGGCCAAUGCAGUGCGGAUUUUUCCUCACUUAUCGGUUUUCAGAAAUAAACGUGUAUAAUUUACGUCUUGCUUAUACUGCCGGAAUGCUCUUUCUUUUAUAAUAGCAUAGUUUAGAAUUAGUCGUAUUUCUACACUCUGAAUUAGUAAUUGAAGGUGAAAGUCUAAAUGGAAAAUAAGCUAUUAUUCAUUUAACUUUAGUUAGGUUUUUCCAAUUGAAAUAAAACUCUAUACUUGAAAAAAGAUGUGGUUACGAAUUCAAUUCUUAUACAUUGACAAACGAACUA